AGCGUAUAAUGUUUGUUUUAUACGAAACUCCGGCGGGUUACGCCAUUUUCAAGCUGUUGGAUGAAAAAAAGGUGCAGGAAGUGGAUAACCUCUAUUUGGAAUUCCAGACACCCGAAAAAGCCAACAAAUUGUUGAAGCUGAAGCAUUUUGAGAAAUUUAACGACACAACAGAAGCACUGGCAGCGGCAACAGCAGCCGUGGAAGGCAAAGUGUCUAAACCUCUAAAAAAGACUUUGAAGAAGUUAUUGAACGACGAAGUUCAGGAAUCGUUGUUGGUGGCCGAUGCAAAAUUGGGCAAUGCCAUCAAAGAAAAAUUCUCUGUUCAAUGUGUAUACAACACAGGAGUUCAGGAGUUGAUGAGAUGUAUACGUCAACAGGCCGAUAGUUUAUUGGGUGGAUUACCAAAAAAAGAGAUGACCGCCAUGGCAUUGGGUUUGGCUCACAGUCUUUCCCGUUACAAAUUGAAGUUCUCUCCCGAUAAGAUUGAUACAAUGAUUGUGCAGGCACAAUGUUUACUUGAUGACCUCGACAAGGAACUGAACAACUAUAUGAUGAGAGCUAGAGAAUGGUAUGGCUGGCAUUUUCCUGAGUUGGGUAAAAUCAUUACCGACAAUAUUGCCUUUGUGAAAACUAUCAAAUUGGUUGGUACAAGGGAAAACAUGGCCGCCACUGAUUUGUCAGAUAUUCUACCGGAAGAAGUCGAAGAAAAAGUAAAAGAAGCUGCAGAAAUUUCUAUGGGUACUGAGAUAUCUGAAGAGGAUAUAAUGAAUAUACAAUGUUUGUGUGAUGAAAUAUUAUCCAUCAAUGACUACAGAUCACAUUUAUAUGACUAUCUAAAGACACGUAUGAUGGCUAUGGCACCCAACCUAACAGUUCUGGUGGGAGAAACAGUCGGUGCUCGUUUAAUUGCCCAUGCCGGUUCAUUAAUAAAUUUGGCCAAGCACCCAUCUUCCACAGUACAAAUUUUGGGUGCCGAAAAAGCUUUGUUCCGAGCUCUUAAAACAAAGAAGGAUACACCUAAGUACGGUUUAAUAUUCCACGCUCAGCUGGUUGGUCAAGCUAGUCUGAAAAACAAAGGUAAAAUGUCACGUUCCUUGGCAGCUAAGGCGUCAUUGGCGACACGUGUUGAUGCCUUUGGCGAGGAAGCUACAUUUGAACUAGGUGCUAGUCAUAAAGUUAAAUUAGAAGCGCGCCUAAGACUGUUGGAAGAAGGAAACUUGCGUAAACUUUCGGGUACAGGAAAAGCUAAAGCUAAAUUCGAAAAAUAUCAAGCUAAAAGUGAGGUGUUCACCUAUCAGCCUGAGGCAGAUAGCACAUUGUCCGCUAAAAAACGAAAACAUUCAGAAUCUGGUGCUACAGAUUUUACUACACCCCUAAAGGCUCCAAAAGUGUCAGAUGAGGAUGAAGAGAAUAACGAAGCACCAGCUGAAGAAGCAUCAGAGGAUGUAAAAUCUGAGAAGAAAAAGAAGAAGAAGAAAAACAAGAACAAAGACCAGGAAGCGCCAGAGGAAACAGAAGCUGUUGUGGAGACACCCACGCCGUCAAAGAAGAAAAAGUCCAAAAAAGAAAAGGAGCAAACGGACGAUUAGGUUUUUAGGGU